AUGAGGCUGCUGCAGGACUUCAGAUCGGCCGAGCACGCGCAGCAGCUCGGCGCGGUGGCGCUGGCAGAGCUUUCUCAUGCGACGCUGCAGCAGCGCGAAGAGGCCUCGGCCAGCCGCGAGGCGGCGCCAAAGAGUCUGCGGCGGGACCUGGCCUCCGAGGUCAAAGAGGCAAGUCGAGAGUUGUCUCGAUUCGGGGACCUUCGAGCUGCCGUGAGGGAGGCGAGGCCGCGGGCAUUCGUGAAGGUGGAUUCUCCAACCGCCUCUUCGCCCGGCUCGCCGAGGGCGGCCUCGCCGAGCUCCCUCGAGAGGGCCGCCUCGCUGCUGGUGUCGCCGCUGCCGGCGCCGCUGUCGCCGCGCUGCGCUGCUACACGGGAGGUCGGAGCCUCAGGAGCCGCAGUUCGUGCCGCCACUGGCGGGUUGGGCCUGGCAGCGGCGGCGCGCGAGGCAGCGCUCUGUG